AAUACUUCACCGCCAGGACUUGUCUUGGUCAAGUAAGUGGCUCGCGAGUUGAGGACAUCCCGUGUCAGACAGCUGAUUCUGCCGUCCUUGCGACGCCGGCUCACCCCAGCCACCUUGCUCCGACAGAAGUAAAGCCAGCGAGCGGCUCUGCUGUGGGUCCGGCAGCUGGGGCAGCUGCCACCCUGCUCACGAGAUCAAGGAGGCUGUGGAAUGUUAUCUCCGCGUUGCUUACGAGUUUGGAAAAUUGUCUCCAAAUGAACUUUCCCUGCUGUGUGUGCUGAGCUAGCAACGCGGGGCUAACCUUUCCCUGUACUCGCAGUGGGAAGUGCCUGCAAGCCUGUGGACUCGCGAACGUUACGGGGGUAGGAAGGUGUCCUGCUCCGAGGCAAAGUCCACAGUCUGACUGCCGCAGUCUGAGUCCCCAGGGAAAGAUGCGUGCUAUGUCCUCUUCGCAUCUCUUCUACCUGGCCCUCUGCUUGCUCGCCUUCACCAGCUCGGCCACAGCGGGACCAGAGACACUGUGCGGCGCUGAGCUGGUUGACGCCCUCCAGUUUGUGUGUGGAGACAGGGGCUUUUACUUCAACAAGCCCACGGGGUACGGCUCCAGCAGUCGGAGGGCGCCGCAGACAGGCAUCGUGGACGAGUGCUGCUUCCGGAGCUGCGACCUGCGGAGGCUGGAGAUGUACUGUGCGCCCCUCAAGCCUGCCAAGUCGGCCCGCUCCGUCCGCGCCCAGCGCCACACUGACAUGCCUAAGACGCAGAAGGAAGUACAUUUGAAGAAUGCAAGUAGAGGGAGUGCAGGCAACAAGAACUUCAGGAUGUAGGAAGACCCACCUGGAGAGUGGAGAAUGACGUGUCACCGCAGCAUCCCUUGCUCUGCACAAGUCACCUGUUAAAACAUUGGAACACCUCCCAAAACAUAAGUUUGACAACAUUUCAAAGAUGGGCAUUUCUCCCCAGUGAAAUAUACAACUAAAUAUUCCAACAUUGUCUUUAGGAGUGAUUGUUGUAAGCUUUGCACUUGCAAAAAUGGUCUUGGAGUUGGUAGAUUGCUGUUGAUUCUUUAUAAGUAAUGUUCUAUAGAGAAAAACGUAUCUAUCUUAGUCCCUGCCUCUCAAGAGCCACAAUGCAUGGGUGUCAUUUAGAUCCAGUUGCACUAAAUUCCUCUCUAAAUCUUGGCUGCUGGAACAGUUCAGCAAUCUGUCUUAGUGGUUUAUGAAUUGUUUUCUUAUUUGCACUUCUUUCUACGUAACACAAACUGUUGGUCUUACAGUGUCUAACAGUCUUUGUCUGUGUCCACCACUCCCUUCAUUACGUUUGCAAUUCGGCAACCAUGGCCUCCUCGGAAGCGCUGCUAAGUAGGCAUGCCACCCACCGAGUUUUAAUCUACCAGACUCCACCUGUGGCAUUUAUACCAAACAUAAAUUGAUACAUUUAUUUUACACACAAAACUUUAAUUUUUCCACAUUACAACACACACACACACACACACACACACACACACACAUACAAAUCAGACAAAACAGUUGCAACUUUGAGGCCAAUCAUUUUUAGGUGUACGUUUGAAACACAGAAAGUCUCUUAAACUCUCAGCAGUUCCUUCAAAGGGUGAGUUAGUGUGCAACCCGAUUGUCCUUCUCUUGUUUUAUUUUUUCCAUAUAGAGCACUAUGUAAAUUUAUCAUAUCAAUAAUACAGGAUAUAUCAAAUCAUAUGUAAAACUCUGGUUUUUUUAGUACAAUGGUGCUAUUUUGUAGUUUGUUACAUGAAAGAGUCUGGUCAAAAUGGUAAAAGGUGAAAGCAAAAUGGAAGGGAAAGCCUGGAGCCAAAGACGGCGCAGAGAGGGUGGAGAAGGGAGAAGCCCGUCCCUUGGGGGAGGACACAACCCACCCCGUGACCCUGCCCCAGCUUCAGAUGCAGGAGUCCAUACAUGCAGCCUUGACCAGGGAGUCCAGAGGAAGCUGUGGAAUGCCAAGAGUAGAAGGCCAGGGCUUGUGAGUACUGGUUUCUUUUUCUCACUGAAGAAAUGAACACCUAGGCACUCUGCCAUGGACUCACCACUGCGUGAUCUUGGGCUAGUCCUUUCACCUCUCUGUGCCUGUCUCCUCAUCCGAAAAAUGGGGGCAAUAUGUCAUCUACCUACCUCAAAGGGGUGGUAUGAGGAUUAACAAGAUUAAAGUCAGACUUGUACCCAGCUUUGCUAUGAGGGUGCAACACCAGAGCCCCCGAAGUGCUAAGGUGCAAGGAAUUCUACCAGCAGCCGCUCCCCACACAGCUAGAGAGCCUGGGCGGCGUGCUCCUGGUAGCUCAGUUCCAGCCAAUGCUAGACAACCAACCAACUAGGGUUUAAAGCUAGCAGCUCAGUAUCUCCAAACUCUCCAAAAAGUUAGAAACAUUCACUUUACAGUUUGGUUUUGGAUUCCACCUUUGAACAUAUAAAUAUAAAGCUAAGUGAAAAGGGAGAAAGGAAAAGGAAAAAAGUAGAGAAAAAAGAUUUCUACCAGUGAAAGGGCACUUGAUUAUUCCACUACUCAGCACUUACUGGUUCUCCAGAUAGCCUUACUCACCUAGUAACACCUCUUUUAAUAUUAUAAAUAUACUCUAUUUAUGUUGAAAAAUACAUUUUUCUUCUCUUUGGACAAUAUAAGAAAAAUGUCCCAAAUUUUUAAAGAUUGAAAUAACAUCUAAUAAAAAGUCACAAAAGAACUUCCCUCAAUGCAUUCGUAUUCUUGGUUGUAUAUGCACAUAUAUUUUUUAAUUUUGUUAAAAGAUGCUAAGUAGAGUUGCUAGUUGAGAGGCAGCACUUGUGUUCCCAAUCUUGAAAUUCCCCUCGUGUCUACCUGGCUUUCAUUGAGGCUGGACCUUCAACAUUUAACCCAACACUGACACCCGGAAAAUCCUGCGGUGAGGACAGGCCAUCAUGGAGGCUAGAAAUUGCUCCUGGUCUCUGGAUCAAAACUUUCCUUUUAGACAAUAAAUUAUCCAGCAUUCAGA